CUUCCGUAAACGUAAUGUUUAUAUUCCCUCUAUUGGCCGUCCAGAGCUAACAGGCUAACAGGCUAGCGGGCUGCUGACCGGUGUCCAUGGAUGUGAGCCGGUUCACGCCGGGACAGCGACGCGGUGUCAGCGGACCCUGAUACCGCCGGCGGCCCUCCCCUCUCCUCGCUCCGGAUCUGUGUGCUGUGUUCAGUCCGUGUUUCGUCAGGCUGCCGGUUAUCUCCGCGACUUUUGCCCUCUUUCUCCCGCUGCUCGCUCGUUAGCCCGCUGGCUAAUUAGCUGUGAAGCUAGCUGACCGGGAACGGACGGACCGCAGCGGGAUGUGCGAUGGCAUCGGUUCGGGUGGCUGUGCGGGUCAGACCCAUGAACAGGCGGGAGAAGGACCUGACUGCAAAAUGCAUCAUCAAGAUGGAAGGAACCAAAACCUCCAUCACCAACCUCAAGCUCCCCGACGGCAUCGCAGGAGAGGUGACGAGGGAUCGAACCAAAACCUUCACGUACGACUUCUCGUACGACUCGACGGACUGUAAGAGCUCCGCCUUCGUCUCUCAGGAAAAGGUGUUCAAAGACCUGGGCUCCGACGUGCUGAAGGCGGCUUUCGAGGGCUACAACGCCUGCGUGUUCGCCUACGGUCAGACCGGCUCGGGGAAGUCCUACACCAUGAUGGGCACUCCGGGAGACGCCGGUCUGAUCCCGAGGAUCUGUGAAGGUCUGUUCAGUCGGAUCUCUGACACCACACGAUGGGACGAGGCUUCAUUUCGCACAGAAGUCAGCUACCUGGAGAUCUACAACGAGAGAGUGAGAGACCUGCUGAGGAGGAAGUCCACGCAGACCUACAACCUGAGAGUCAGGGAGCAUCCCAAGGACGGACCCUACGUAGAAGAUCUGUCCAAACACCUGGUGCAGAACUACAGCGACGUCGAGGAGCUGAUGGAAGCUGGGAACAUCAACCGAACCACUGCCAGCACCGGCAUGAACGACGUCAGCAGCCGCUCGCACGCCAUCUUCACCAUCAACUUCACCCAGGCGAAGUUCGACGCCGAGAUGCCCAGUGAAACCGUCAGUAAGAUCCACCUGGUCGAUCUGGCCGGCAGCGAGCGAGCCGACGCCACCGGAGCCACCGGCGUCCGGCUGAAGGAGGGAGGAAACAUCAACAAGUCGCUGGUCACUCUGGGAAACGUCAUCUCGGCUCUGGCCGACAUGACGCAGGACGGCGUGAACACCAACCUGAAGAAGAAGUCGGUGUUUGUUCCCUACAGAGACUCUGUGCUGACGUGGCUGCUGAAGGACAGUCUGGGUGGAAACUCCAAGACCAUCAUGAUCGCCACCGUGUCCCCCGCUGACGUGAACUACGGCGAGACGCUCAGCACUCUGCGCUACGCCAACCGAGCCAAGAACAUCAUCAACAAACCCACCAUCAACGAGGACGCCAACGUCAGGCUGAUCAGGGAGCUGCGGGCCGAGAUCGCCCGGCUCAAGGCUCUGCUGGUUCAGGGCAACCAGAUUGCUCUGCUGGAUUCGCCCACAGCUCUGAGCAUGGAGGAGAAGCUGCACCAGAAUGAAGCCAGAGUCCUGGAGCUGACCAAGGAGUGGACCAACAAGUGGAACGAGACUCAGAACAUCCUGAAGGAGGAGACUCUGGCUCUGAGGAAGGAGGGCAUCGGCGUGGUGUUGGACUCCGAGCUGCCUCACCUCAUCGGCAUCGACGACGACCUCCUCAGCACCGGCAUCAUCCUGUACCAUUUGAAGGAGGGCCGGACCUACGUGGGCCGAGAGGACGCGUCCACGGAGCAGGACAUCAUUCUGCACGGUUUGGACCUGGAGAGCGAACACUGCAUGUUCGAGAACCAGAACGGGAAGGUGACUCUGGUGCCGCUCGGCGGAGCUCAGUGUUCGGUGAACGGAGUCCAGGUGACGGAGCCGUCGCAGCUCAACCAAGGUGCCGUUAUUCUGCUCGGCAGGACCAACAUGUUUCGCUUCAACCACCCGAAGGAGGCAGCCAAGCUGAGGGAGAAACGGAAGAGCGGCCUGCUCUCCACCUUCAGCCUGUCCAUGACCGAUCUGUCCAAGUCCUGCGAGAACUUGUCCACCGUGAUGCUCUACAAUCCAGGGCUGGAGUUUGAGCGGCAGCAGAGGGAGGAGUUGGAGAAACUGGAGCUGAAAAGGAGGCUGAUUAAGGAGAUGGAGGCGAAGCAGCAGAGUGAGAAGGCCGAGCUGGAGCGCCUCCAGCAGGAGGUGGAGAGUCAGCGCAAGGAGUCCGAGGAGGUGCAGCAGCGCAUCCUCCGUCAGGAGGAGAGCCUCCGCCACCGCAGCCAGGACAUCGAGAGCCGCCUGCGGGACUUCCUGGCCGAGAAGGAGCGCUUCGAGGAGGAGAGGCGCUCCGACGUCCAGGGCGUGGAGCUCCAGCGCAGAGGGCGGCGGAAACGGCAGCAGGAAGGCGACGCAGAGGAGGAGCAGGACGAGGAGCAGCGGCGGCAGCAUGAGGCUGCCGAGCAGAACGAGAUCUACCGCGAGCUGGAGAGGCUGAAGAGGGAGCGCGAGGAGCAGAAGGUCCGUCUGGAGGCCGAGCGCCGGCGGCUGGAGGAGCAGGAGCGGGAGCAGCUCAGCCUGGUGGGGAGGCUGGAGGAGCAGCUGAGGGAGAAGCACGAGGCGGCCGCCGCCCUGCUGACCCGGGAGGACGCCCGCCGCCUGGAGGAGGAGCGGCGAGCUCUGGCCGAGAUCAGGGAGGCGCUCCUCCGGGCCAAAGAGGCUGCAGAGCGGCCGGACGUGGAGGACGCCGGCCAGGAGGCGAGAUCCGCCCAGACUCGAUACACGGACUUCAAGGAGGCUCAGGUGAAGGAGCUGGGCCAGCUGGAGGAGGAGCUCCGGCAGCAGAGGGAGCGUCUGGAGAAGGAGGUGGCGGCUGAGCGGAACACGCUGCUGCUGCUCACCCACGGCCUCAAGGAGCGGCAGCAGCAGCUGAAGGAGAUGCAGGAGAAAGGGGCGCAGGACGCCUCCGCCGUCUGCCAGGAGGAGCAGCUGGUCAGACAGGCCGAGCAGCGGCUGCAGUUCAAGGAGCGACAGCUGGCCAACCUGGCCGACGACCUCCUCCCGGCGCUGGCCGAGGAGAAGCAGAGGGCCGUGGAGAUGCUGGAGCGCAGCGGCGGCGGCACCAACGGGAACUGCGACAGCCCGCCGGGUCUGGACAACACGCUGUACGAGGUGGAGAAGGAGCUGGAGGACAAGGAGGAGAAGCUGAACCUCCACUGGCACAGCGCCCAGCAGCUCCAGCAGCUCCAGGAGACCUACGAGUUCACGGCCAACGUGGCGCGGCAGGAGGAGAAGGUGCGCCGGAAGGAGAAGGAGAUCCUGGAGUCCAAGGAGAAGCAGCAGAGGGAGGCGAUGGAGCAGGCGGUGGCCCGGCUGGAGAGGAGGCACUCUGCUCUGAGGCGCAGCGUCUCCCUGGAGCCCGACUCCGAGGAGCCCAGGCUCAGGAGCUCGGUCUGCAGGGCCCAGAGGACCGGGGCCGAGCUGGACCAGCAGAGAGUGGAGCGGGAGAUCCAGAAGCUGCGACAGAGGAUCAGCGAAGGAGAAGACAACAGCCGAACUCACUCCAUCGGCAGCGACGACAAGCCGGGCCACAGCAGCUCUCCGGUCAGCCACAUCCAGAGCCUGAACACGCUGCUGCCGCUGUCCGACGACAGGAUAAACGCGUACAUCGAAGAGGAAGUCCAGCGGCGGUUACGAAAGAUGAAUCUUCUGAACGGCGGCGGCAGCAACAUGGAUCUGUCUCUGUCCUGUGAAUCGCUCAGAGAGGAGGAGGAAUUUAGCGACUGUAGCUCUGUUAGAUUGACAGACGAGGACGAUGAAAAGCAGCAAAACGUGAAUCCCAGGAGGCUCAAAUAUGAGCACCUGGUGUCUCGUAAUCCUGCGGCGAGCAGCGACGGCGUCCAGGAGCCCGUCAGAGUUAGCAUCCCUCGCUACGUCCUCCGCGGGCAGGGCAAGGACGAGCACUUUGAGUUCGAGGUGAAGAUCACGGUGAUGGAGGAGACAUGGACGGUGUUCAGACGCUACAGUCGCUUCCGGGAAAUGCACAGGAGCCUCAAGUCCAAGUAUCCGGAGCUGGCAGCUCUCGAGUUUCCGCCAAAGAAGCUGUUUGGAAACAGGGACGAGCGGAUGGUGGCCGAGCGCCGGAGUCACCUGGAGCGUUACCUGAGGAACCUGUUCCGGGUCAUGCUGUUGUCCUCCAGCUCUCCUCUCAGAACCCACCAAGACGUCCGUCUGUCCAAACGGGACGUCUGCGAGUUCUCGCCGUUCUUCAAGAAGGGCGUCUUCGAGCACGGCAGCCACGGCACCGGCUGAGCGGGGCGCUGAGGCCCGACCAGAACCGACCCAUCUGUGCCUUUUCCUUCCAAGAGAGACUUCCGGGUCGGUGUGAGCUCACCCGCCGUCCCACCUGGAGCUGGGCUGUACGUCCGCUGUGAUGUCUGGCCGAGCUGAGGAUCCACUGAAUGAACAGUUUUAAUAAUCCGAGUCACUGAUCAGACGACGAAGUCGCUGUUCCGUCUGAAAUGAAAGAUUUCUUUCUUUAUUCUGUGAACUGGACGCUUUCCUUCACCGACACUGAAUCAAAGAACCUUUAAUGAACCUGAAACGGUUUCACACUGAUCAUGUGGCCCAUUCUGUAAAAAACCCACCAGAACCUCCUCAGGUGUUCUGACAGAGUGGAUCCUCCUACAGAUGGUCCUGGUAGGUUCUGGAGGUCAAACGGUCCUGGUUCUGACCAACCACCAUCACACAGUUUGGUUCAAAUGACAUGAGAGCUGUCCAGGAUUGCAGACAGAACUCUGAACGGACUCAGAUUCAUGAACCCGACUCCAGAUUGGGCAGAAAUGAGUUCAGCAUCCAAAGUGACUCCAAAACGAGUUUCUCUGUAAAAACAGGACGUUUCAUUUAGAACCAGGUGUUCUGACCCAACACUGUGACUGAGGAAUGAAUAACAAGAGUCCAGAAAUACUGAAUAAGUUUAGAACUACUGAAAUGUGUCCAGUGGUGACUCCCAGUUGGACAGAAAUGACAGUCCUGAUGUGAAAACAUGCAGAACCAGAACCUUGUCUGGUCCAGCUUCACCACAUCAGGUUCUGCUGACGUCAGAGCCUCAGCAGUCGGUGAAAUGUGACCAGAGACUGGGUUCUGUUGCCACCACAGUUGUAUUUCUGCAGAUGCUGAACCGUUGAAGUGGCUUCAUGCGGCUGCAGACGCAUGAAAUUCUCUGAAUUCAGCCAGAACAUUUGCCAGAACUCAGUUUUGUGUCUCAAACUCCAGAUUGUGAGCAGACUGGAGGAUCGCUGCUGUCUGAUCUGAGGCUUCAGCUGUUUCCAGGAUGAAACGUCGGCCUCCAGCUUCUGAUGAAGAACCAGGACUGUGUUUGGACGUCUGAGUCCAGCUGCUGCCUGUGUUGGUACCGAGGCCGUAAACGCUCACGUCAGCAGAGAAGAAGAAGAAGAAGCAGAACUGCUGCCUCCCUGCUCUGUACAUACUCAGCUACAGCUUAGCUUAGCGUAGCUUAGCUUAGCUUCGCUAUUAGCACGGCUCUGUGUAAAAGGAAUAAAUGUGGUUUUACACUCGCAUUACAAGACCUUUUAUUUAUAUAUAUGUAAACACACACAUUUCCUGAAUAUUUAUGUCCAGACGUUUUUCCACAGAUUUUACUUCAAUAUUCAGGUUUAUUGUUUCGCUUUUUUCCAAACUAAAUCAUUUUUCAGGCCCUCUUGCAUUUCUUUUCUUUUUUUCUUGGUGGAAUUUGUUAUUUGGGGGUAAAUUAUUUGUUUACUAUUAUUUUUCUGAUAUUUUAUUUACAUCUUCUGAACUACUUUCCAGAUAUUUGUCGCCGUCUACGUGACAUUUUUCAGACCGAUUAUUCUGAUCAAACUUUCAGACAUUUUUUCCACAUUUUUGAGGAAGUAUUUUAUUACAUUUAUCAUUUUUAGUCUUUUUUUCAGGUAAAUUUUCUGAUCUCACCAAAAUGUUUCGUCACGUAUGGAGCACUUGUGAUUUGCAGAACUUUUAUUGUGUAAUAUUCAGACUUUUGGGGCCAUUUCAUACAUUUUGGGGGGAAAUGUUGUUAUUCUUAUUAAACAGGGGACUGCUUGUUAUGCAGGAACGCAGCAGCUUCCUAAAUGAUUCCUUUAAACACUUUGAUGUGUUUUUGUCUGUUUUCAGGUGAAACAGAAUAAACGAUGACUCAGUGAAAAACUCAAA